GAGUCCCUGUCCGCCCCCACAGUUUUCGCGAGGAGUUCCGGUCGGAAGGACCGCAAUGGCGCACCGGCCAAUCUUCAGUUGAUCUUUUCGCAUCCUGCGAGCUUGGUAAGAUCGACAACAAUGUCGAGGCCUGGGGGACCUGUGCAUCAGAACGCUGGGCUUCUUGGCUCCAAAGGAGGCGGCAGACCUUCAGAGAAAGGACAACGACACUGGAAAAGAUAA